UUCCUUCUUCCUGCUCCUGACUCUAUAAAUGCGUCUGUAUUUUCUCAAAGCCACAGUGACCCUAAAGAGGCUCUGAAGAUGGCUGCUCGUCGACUCCUGAUGCUCUUGGCCUGUUUGGCCGCCGUGGCUCUGCUGCCUGCUCGAGCUGCAGAAGAUGACCCAGGCUGUGCUGACGGCUGGAGUAAGUUUGGCUCUCGCUGUUUCAAAUUUCUAAAUGAUAAAAGGACCUGGACCGAAGCUGAGAAAAGCUGCCACGAUCUUGGUGCAAACCUGCCCUCCAUCCACAGUUUGGAGGAGAGCAACUUCAUCAAGGAUUUGAUAAAUUCAGCCACAGGGGGCGACAACCACGCCUGGAUCGGUGGGUCUGAUGCUGUGCAGGAGGGGAAGUGGUUCUGGAGUGAUGGAACUCGUUGGGACUACACCAGUUGGCUUGUUAACGAGCCAAACAAUGAACAAGGCCACGAGCACUGCGCUGCCUACUGGAGCGGGGGUUUGUGGAAUGAUGCUCCAAACAGCGCGUGAAACUGAGCUACAUCUGUGCCAAAGCUCUUCCUCGGUUUUCACUGAAACCCAAGGGUGGGAUCCUGACUCUGGAGGGCUUCGCCUGCCAGUGCAGCCCUGCAAAGAAGUGACCACUGCAUCUGUGAUCAACUACAUCACCAAAUCUACUGUUUGUCAUCAAGCUGAGCGCCCACAUGAGGCUUUGGUUUUUCUUUGUGAUUAAACUUUGUUUCUGAGUCUCAA